AUGAGUCAACAAGGCUAUGUUGCAGCUCCUCCAUAUUCCCAGUCCCAGCCAGGAAUAGGAGGCUUUUCUGCAGGUUUUGGAUCACCUAGUUCUUCACUGCAUUACGGGCAUUACGGGGACCCAAGCUCCUCAUAUGCAGCACCUCAACCAGGUGUGUCGAAAUCAACUGUGCCUUUUGGAUCUUCGGCUCCUGUUGGGCCUCAGCCACCUGCUGCACAUCAACUCAGCCAGUCCAGCUUCCAAAAUGGGCCUAGUACACCAGGGCAACAGCUGCAUAGGUUUCAAGGCCCUCCACCUCCAAGCAAUCCAGGACCUUCCUAUCCUCCCUACGGCCACCAGUCACAACCGGCUUACCCAAAUACUGCAUCUGCUUCCUCUGCGGCACAGCUGGCUACCCAGCUCAACAGCAUGCAGAUAAAUAGCUAUGGUCCUGGCUCUACUCCAAGCUCUCGCACGUCUUCUGGGCAUCUGACAUCUUUUCAGGGACCCCAGCUACCACCACCGCCCCAGCAGCAAAUCACUUUACCACCUGGAUCACAGGUUCCACCACCAGCAAAUAAUGGCCUUUGUGCUCAACCAUCACUGCCUCCUGUGGCCAGACAGGAUGGGGUCCCUGGACCUGUCCCCCCAAAUCCGAACUUAGAACAGCUCUCAGGACAGCCUCCAGGGCUUGGAUAUCAUCCUCAGCAAGUAAACUAUGGUCCUCAGAUGGCAGCAUCUCAACUGUCUUAUCCUGGUGCUUUUCCUGGGGGUCCGGCACAGCUCUCAGGUCCACAGCAGAAGAGGGUUGAUCCUGACUCUAUUCCAAGCCCAAUUCAGGUGAUUGAAAAUGAUAAGGCCUCUAGGGGAGGGCAGAUCUAUGCUACGAACACAAGAGGGCAGGUUCCUCCUCUUGUGACCACAGACUGCAUAAUCCAAGACCAAGGCCACGCCAGCCCGCGGUACAUCCGGUGUACUGCCUACUGCUUCCCCUCGUCGUCGGACAUGGCCAAACAGGCACGCAUUCCCCUGGCAGCUGUCAUCCAGCCUUUUGCUACUGUUCCACCAAACGAG